UUCUACUUCGUGGGUAGUCAAAUAUCAGAUUUCUUGAAACUUUCGCCAGGAAUUUUGGGAACGUUUGUUAUUGUGAUUUCGUUGUGAUUUUCAUUCACUAAGUAUUGAGGAAUACUUUUCAUGUCAGGUGAUAAUUAAGUUGAGCAGAAUAUAAGGCUGAUUUCCGCUCGCGCUGGAAAGCAUUUCGUUGUGUAGGAAAGUUUACUUGUUUUGGAUAACGUUAUCCCUAACAUUCUUAGCAGAAGUACUUGUUGUUCAAAGUCACAGCUGUAGCGUUGAGUCUUUCGCAAAGGCUCCUGUAAGUUUCUGCUGUUGUGGGAUUGUGGCAAUUUGUCUUCCCAGUUUAUCUUAAAUAAUGGCAUCCAUGUAAGAGUACAAUGGACUAUUAAUACCCCGCCGUACUAUGUCCACAUUAUGCCAAGUAAAUGACUGAUUCAAGCGUUUCUCGGGACUCGCUCGCCCCCUCGUGGCUGCGUUCUUCCGCACACAGCCCGACACAGUUGUUUCGGCCCAGUCUUGGCUCGCGGCACUCCGUUGACGACUCAUGGGAUCGGGCAGCUGCUGAUCGAAAAUCGGAUAACAGAUUCCGUACUCAAUGGAUCCAUGGUGAUGCGCAGCACUGCUCGCAUUCUGAUCAGUUCUUUACUCACGGCAAUAAUCACAAUCGAAUCUCAGAUUUCGAUGAAGAAGUACUGAUCCGCCGCUCGCACAGCAAUACUUUGAAAGCCAGUAACGGUUUUGGUUCUCGUCACGGCAAUAAUCAUCAUCAUUUACGGAACGGACGUUCAAAAUAUGAUGAACAUUUCCGGCAUGGCUCCGCAUUUACGAAUGGUUUGUCUGUUCGCGAGGCUAACACCGGUUCCAAUGGGAUCUCGUAUAGUUUUGUAGCGACUAAAAACCUUCAGGCCACGCAUAGACCGAACAGUCCUCAUUUGCAGCAAAGUGAUUUUCCCUCUCUUACUCCGAUGAAAGCUGAACCUGCGACCGCAGCGCAGAAUACUGUGUGGGGUAAACCUCCCCAGCUAACGAAGGUAGUCAAAAGGAGCCUGUCCAGUCAGAGUUAUCUGGGAACUGGCGGCACUGUUCUCGGACCAUCGUGUGAAAAAGCUUUUCUUGGCGCAGUAUUAGGCAGCGACCUCAAGGAGGAUUUUACGCUCGAAAGUAACGGGAACUGUGAAAAUGGCCUUACGGAAUGUGACUAUUUGAAAGUGAACUAUCCUGAGCCGCCUUCAAGCCUUGAUGGAGAUAAUGAUGCCAAACUGAGUUUCACCGAUGCGCAUAACGAUAUCGAAAUUCAUUCGGAAAGUGACGAAAUCUGCACUUGGUCGAUUAAUGGAGAAUCACGGGAUUCUCCAUUAAUUGACCAUUGUUCACCAUCGGGGAUGCUAUCGUCAAGUGGCUCGACCGGGAGUGUAGAAUCGAUAGAUUCGCACCAGUCCCACUUGUCAGGAACGACUGCUAUGAUGGUCGAAGAUCUUUUGGACGAAACGAUUGCUGAAGAAGAGAAACUGCAAAUAAUGCAUGCUUUGGAAGAGCUGAAAGAGCGCACUGGCUUUGAAUCGUACUACGAGCGUAUCGCUGUUAAUGACACCAGCCAUCGUGAACGGUGCAAUUCGCACGUCGUUACCGACGGUAAAACUGAAGACGAUGAUGAGGAUCCCGAUGACAGAUUCCUGAAAUGACUGGUAUUUGGUGUUUCGUCGGACUGGAUCCAGCCUUGUUGUUUGCCACAUUGGCGCAUUUUGAUUCUGUUAUUCCGACCCAGCUCCCUCAGUUGCCUAUUCUGCUGCAAGCCACUCAACCUGGUGAUGUGACACUAGAUUGAUUGCCGUAUAAUGCGAUGUUUGUCAUUUUGAUGCUUCUGAUAUACUUCCUAAUAAUAAUUUUGAUAGUUGUAAAAAUGAUGAAAGAAUUUAACUUGAAAUGCACACAACUUUACUUCCGAAAUGAUUGGGAUUUUGGCCUUUCUAUCGAUUGUAGCAGCACUGAUAAGUGACCUCAACGUCUUGUGGCAGAAGUAUUGGAGAUAGUGACUAUUUUAAUUUGAUUUAAAAAGGUUUGCUUUAAAUUUUGCUUGGCUUCUUUGGUGGGUACAGUAAGUACUUUCUGUACGCUUUUUAGUGCCUACAUGCCACAAGGUUACUCCCAGAAAUGCAGAAACUGCCUUGGCUUUUUCGGUACAUGAUAGUUUGUUACAGGCACGAUGGAAUGGCGCAUGAUGUAGAAAACAAAAAU